GAAACAUACAGUCUUUGGUUUUAAAUAAUUAUAUUUAAGUGUGCAUAAGAUGUAUUGCAAAGGUGAAUUCUGGUUAGUGAAGUGAUAACAUUCAAAUUACUUUCUUGGAAUGUAUUGGGAGCAACAUUUUAUUUCAGAAGGUUAAGGAAAUAAUCAGCGUGACAGCCAUUUCAGACUUGAUUCUAACAGGGAGGAAUUGGUUACAAAUCUGAUGUUUGAAGGCAAUUUGAGCUAAACUGAUCAUGAAAUGAUAGAUUCAUGAUUCUAAGGAAAGGUAGGAGAUAGAAGAGCAGCAUAAGGACACAGCAGACUUUUAACAAACUCACAGUACAGGUAGGUAAGGUCCAGGGGAAGAAAAUCUAAGGGGAAAAGGAGUUCAGGAGUUUUCAAGGAGACAAUAUUAAAGGCACAACAGCAAAGUAUCCCAAUGAAAAGGAAAGAUAGGAAAAAUAGUAAGAGGCCACUAGGGAUCCAAGAGGAGCUCUUUAAUUACCUGAAAAUCAAAAAAGAAGCCUGCAAAAAGUGGAAACAUGGACAAAUUACUAAGGAGUACAAAAGAAUAGCACAAGCACGUUGGGACAAAAUCAGAAAGGCUAAGACACAGAAUGAGUUACACCUAGCAAGGGGCAUAAAAGACCAUAAUAAGAAGUUCUAUAAAUCAUUAGGAGCAAGAGAAAGACAAAGAACAAUGUAGGUGCACUGCUUAGGGGGGAAGAAAAGCUAAUAACUGAUGACAUCAAGAAGGCUGAGGAGUUUAAUGCCUAUUUUGCUUCAGUCUUCACUCAAAAGGUUAACUGUGACCAGAUACUAAAUACAAUUGAUAUUAAUAGCAGGGUAAAAGGGAUGCAAGCCAAAAUAGGAAAAGAACAGGUUUACAAAUAUUUAGAUAAGCUAUAUGCAUUCAAGUUAGCAGGGCCUGAUGAAAUUCAUCCUACGGAACUUAAAGAACUAGCUGAAGCAGUCUUGGAACCAUUAGCAAUAACUCAUGAAGGACAAGUGAGGUCCCAGAGGACUGGAGAAGGACAAGCACAGAACCUAUCUUUGAAAAGGAGAACAAAGAGGACCUAAGGAACAGUAGCCCAUUCAGACUAACUUUGAUAGCUGGAAAGAUACUGGAACAAAUUAUUAAACAAGCAACUUCAUGCAGGAAUUCUCUUCACUGAAAAGAACUAAGAAGAAAAGUCUUUAAUCAGAAGAAUUCCAUUAUGGGGAAAAAAAGGGCUAAAGUUAAAAACCUUGAGAAGAGUGAACAACCAAAUCUGCCUCCAAAUAUUGAUGACUGGACAAAAGAACAAGUAAAACAAUGGGUAACUGAAGAACUUAAGAUUGACCAGAAAUAUGGUGAAAUCUUGUUUAGCCAAGAUGUGACAGGUUCAAACUUGAAGCUGUUUACUACAGAACAUCUUACAGCUAUAGGCAUAACGUAUGGCCCAGCUCUUCAAAUUUUGAAUGCAUUGAAAUUUAACUUUCUAGUUGAAAGCACAGCUCAGACAGUUAGACAAGAAGGUAGAAAAAAGACUUUUGAUGAAAAAUAUUUAAUGGAGAAGAAAGAUGGAGGAAGUGCAAAGCAAGACCAAAAGAAUAAAGGAAAAUCAAAGUCAGCAGAUGCCAGUGAGUCACAAGAACUGAGAUUAUCUGAAUGCACAGAGUCUAUGGAGUCUGUGCUCACAGAUAGAACAGAAAACAAGUUAGGUGAAGCAAAAGAUAAAUCAAAGAAAUUACUGGAAAAUAAUGAACAUCCAACCAGACAAAACUGUUUGCCAUAUCCUUUUGAUGAGUUUCAUGAUAGUCGUCGUUAUAUACAGCACUAUAUUCUUAAUGUCCCUGAAACGGGGCCACUGAAUCUCAUUGAGCCAGCACAUGAGUUCAAACUGUUCACAAACACAGAGAAUGCAACAGAAGAGGAUAUUAAGCUGAAAUUUAGUAAUGAAACCUUUAGAUUUGCUGCUGCAUGUAUGAAUUCCCGCACCAAUGGUACUAUUCAUUUUGGAGUAAGCAACAAGCCACACGGGGAAAUUAUAGGAGUGAAACUAAGCAAUAAAGAUGAAUUUAUUGACGAUUUUAAUGAAAAAAUUGAAAAGUACUUUGACCGACGUUUUGUCCGUGUUGCAAAAGCCUGCAUUAGGGAACCUAGAUUUGUGGAAGUAUUAUUGCAAAAUAACACUCCAUCAAAUACAUUUGUCAUUGAAGUAGAUGUAGUUCCAAACCACACUAUAUGUGAAACAAAAUUUUUCCAUAUAAAUAAUUACAAUUUUAAGACUAAAACUUGGGAACCAUCUUUAUUUAUACGGGAUGGACCCAGCUCUAAAAACAUUCUUAAUAAUCCAAAAGAACUCCAGUCAUUUAAGUCCAAGAUUACAUUUGCAGCAGAUCGUCGAAAAGCAGCAGAGGAAGAACACAGAGAAAAACGAAAGAAGAAAGAGAAUGAGGGUCGAAAGCUGAUUAGCCUACUCACAGGUAGCAAGGACUUGCUGGAUAAUUCCUAUUAUGACAGGUACAUAUUAGUAACAAACAAGUGCCAUCCAACUCAAACACAGCACUUAGACUUUUUGCAGGAAGUAAAAUGGUUUGCUGUGCUGGAGUUUGAUUCUCAGUCAGAAAAGAUUGGGGUGGCCAAAAAAUACAGAGAAAAACGAGGUGCAAACCUUCAUUUUCCAAAUCAGUAUCAAAUGAAAGGCAAAUCAUUUUCUGAAAUAAUUGAAGAUCUGAAUCUCUAUCACCAGCCCAGCUGGAUUUUCUGCAAUGGCAGAUCAGACCUUAAUGAUGAAAAAUAUCAACCUUUAGAUCCCAGUUUGUGGCAACAAAAGAGGGCUGCUGAAGUCAGGAAAUUGAUUUCAUUUCUUUCACACCCAGAGAUACUGCAAAGAGGAAAGUUUCUAGUAGUGUUUCUUUUGCUCUCCGAAGUGGAAGAUCCAGGGGAUCCCCUUAUUGAAACAUUCUGCACAUUUUACCAAGAACUGGAAGGGCUUAAAGACAUGCUCUGCAUUUGUAUUGGUGCACAAACAUUCCAACUAUGGAAAGACCUUCUGCAAGCUAGAUUCAUUAGUCCAGAAGAACUUACUGAGAGAUGUGUUGCUAAUUUAAACCUUCCAACAGUGAACGGUACUAUCCUUAAAUUGAAAUCUGUGACACAGUCUUCUCAGAGGCUUUUACCAUGUUAUGGUUCUUCUACAAUUCUUCUAAAGAAGGAAGAAGACUUCAUGACAGCAUUGGAAAUACUUUGUGAAAAUGAAUGCAAAGACACAGAUAUAGAGAAGGAUAAAGUUCAGUUUUCUGAAUUCAGAAAAUCUCAAGAAGAGCAUUUUUACCGGGGUGGCAAAGUUUCAUGGUGGAAUUUUUAUUUCUCUUCUGAAAACUAUUCUUCCCCCUUUAUCAAAAGGGACAGUUAUGAAAAACUUGAAGACUUGAUUCAAUCUUCAUCCCACUCCUCUACACAAAAACCAUCAAAAGUUAUCAAUCUUUAUCAUUCUCCAGGCUGUGGUGGAACAACCUUAGCUAUGCAUGUUCUCUGGGAGUUAAAGAAGAAAUUCAGAUGUGCCGUUCUGAAAAAUAAAACUGUUGAUUUUGCAGAAAUUGGAACACAGAUGACAACUUUAAUCACCUACGGCGCAACCAACCAAGAAGAUUACUUGCCAGUAUUACUUCUUGUAGAUGAUUUUGAAGAGCAAGAAAAUGUCUACCUUCUGCAGCAUGAAAUUCAGUCAGCUAUAGCAAGAAAAUGCAUUAGCUAUGAAAACCCUCUAGUGAUCAUCAUAAAUUGUAUGAGAUCUCAGAAUCCUGUGGAAAGCUCAAAGAGCAGUCAAUCAGACAGCAUUAAUCUAAAACGCGAACUUUCUUUCAAAGAGCAACGGGCUUUUGAGAAGAAACUGGAAGAAAUUAAACAGCAGCAUCAGCACCCUGAAGAUUUCUAUUCAUUUAUGAUUAUGAAAGAACAAUUUAAUCCAGAAUAUAUAAAAAAUGUGGUCAAGAACACACUGAAAGGUUUGGACAUUAACAGCAAACAAGGACAACUUAUUUCCUUCCUGGCAAUAUUAAACUCUUACAUUACAGAGUCCACUAUCUCAGUAUCGCAAUGUGAAGAUUUCUUAGGAAUAGUUGGCAAACAUUGGGGUAAAGAAAGUUUAGAAGACAAGAUGGGAAUUUGUUCUAAUAUUCUAAUACAAAGUAAGGUGCAAGAAUAUGAAACAUACAAAGGAGUGCGUAUCAUUCACCCACUGAUCGCUAAUUGCUGUCUAGAAGAAUUUAACCUAACCUAUAGGUUAACUAAAAGUGCAAUAACACUGCAAUUGUUAAAACAGAAUUUAUUUUAUGAUUCUGACAUGGGAAAAAGAAAACUUCUAGAUGAUGUGCAAAGUAUGCUACUUACCAGACAACGUAAAGAACAUGGAGAUGACACAGACACACUGUUUUCCCCAUUAAUUGAAAAAAUUCAGAAGGAAGAAGGUAGUGCUGAAGUUGAAAGCGUGCUACGUGAAGGAGCCCUUCGAUUUAGCCAAAACCCAUUCAUUUGCCAAGCCUUAGCAAGACACUACUACAUUAUAGACAAGAAUUUUGUCUCUGCACUGGAGUGGGCCAAAAAAGCCAGAAAGAGAGCCCCUAACAAUUCAUAUAUAUCAGACACUUUAGGCCAAGUCUUUAAAAGUCAGAUAAAAAAUUGGGUGGAUGAAAAUGCAAAAAGGAAGGUCAUAACUGCUGAAGACCUGAAACGUUUGCUAGAGCUUGCUAAGUUUGCUUCAGAGGCUUUUAAAGAAUCCCAACAACAAAAUGAAAGUACAGACAAUGUAAGAGAAGCUUUGCAGCUCCAAAAGUCUAAAAGGAGGUAUGAUACUUAUAAUACAGCUUGUUAUUUGGGGGAGAUAGAAACUGGUCUGUACACUAUAGAUAUUCUUGGGUGUACUCCUCUUUUCAACAAAAAAAAUCCAUUGUCCCAAGAAGAUAUGCUACAAUAUUUGUCAGGAAAGCAUCCCAUCCCACCAGCAACUAGUGACACUGAAAGUGAAGAAUAUAAGUUUGCACUUGACCAUUACUGUUGUUAUUUAUCUAAUUUGCGCUCAAGUUUGAAAGAGGCAUUUGACUUUUUUGACAACUACUUUGUCCUUCUGAAAACAAAAAAUAUUGAAAAAGAAAGUGUGGAGUUCAAAAUACGUAAGAAGGUUCGAGAAUGUUUCAACAAAUAUGCAGAAAUAUUUUGCCGCUUGGAUCCUGAGAUAUCGGGGGACAAUCCAAUGAGCUCAAAACUCAGUUUGCCUCAGCAGGAGGAUCAGUGCAGGAGAAGUUUGGAGGCUUCCAAAGCAGACAGGUUCUCUGGGCUUUUGGAGUAUCUCAAUAGUCACGAAAAAGCUGAAAGCAAAAUCGAAGACAUAGUGAAUAAAUAUACAUUUUUGAUUGAAAAAUGCACACAUGCACCCCUAUUGAGGGAGAAACAGAAUUUCAUUUUGGCAAACAUUGUUCUCAGUUGUAUUAAACCUAAAUCCAGGAAGAUAUGGGCUCUUCAUGAAUUGAAUGCACAGCUUAGAAAAAUCCUACAGCAAGUAGGUCUAGAGCAUCGAUUUUCAGAACCUUACUUCUUAGCCUCUUUAUUAUUCUGGCCAGAGAAUCAAAAACAAUUAGAUCAGGAUUCCAGGCAAAUGGAAAAGUAUGUCACAUCACUGAAGAAGUCUUUUAGAGGGCAAUACAAACAAAUGUGUCGUUCCAAGCAGCCUAUUGCUCAUUUCUAUCUUGGGAAUAAUAGAGGUCUGAAUAGGCUUGUUCACAAAGGAAAAAUAGAUCACUUUUUCAGUGAGCUCCAAGUACAUGACUUGCAUUCCCUGUGGCAAAAAGGAUGCAUAUGGGAAGAAAAGGUUGUCCAAAAUCUAUUGCUUCGUCUACAUGGCAAGGUCGAAAACGAUCUUGUCUAUGUGGACUAUGGAAUUGAUGAAAAAAUCAGUAUACCAGUGCGACCUGCUUUCUUAGGCAGUCUCAGAAGUGGCAAAAGCAUAGAAAGAGUGUCUUUCUAUCUGGGAUUUUCCAUGGAUGGUCCAAUAGCAUAUGACAUAAAAAUGAUUUAAGAGUUUGAAUAAUUAAAGUAUGAUAUGCUCCAUUUCUACAUCCAUGGAGCCUUUUAGAUACAUUUUUUUAGCCUUAACACUUCUUUAUUCAUAGCUUCAGAAGGCAGCAUCUGGGUUUCUGUGCAAUUCCCUCUUCUGUUCCUCCAGCCUCUUCACAUCUCGUGCAGAGCUCUCUAACUGCUCUCCUACUUUUCCAGAUAUGAACACUGUGGUAUGAUAUGCAGACAUGCUGAUGCAAAGCAAGAUUCUUGAAUGACUGAUGUGAAGAAAGAUAUUAUUUAGCCUGGAAAGAACUUUGCAGACAAAAUUACCCCAGCAUGGUUUGUUUUUAAAAUGCCAUGAUGGUUAUAAAGCCCUAUCAUCUUCUGGUACAUACACGCCCUCCUAUGCUCCCAGCUGUUUUUUUAUUUUUACUAUUUUCCUAAAAACAUUAGGUCACCAAGCUGAUACUCCUAUACACAUUGAAUGUACAUAGAACAUUGAUCAAUUAGGGUCUGAUUCUCCACUGCCUUUACCUUAUGUAGUGAUUCACCUUGUAUGUUGUGGGUGUAAAAUGCUUCCAGAUCAAAUGGUAGCAUUUUACACCAACUUUGCACAAGAGUAAAUGACUGUACAAGAUGCAAGGCAGGGGAGAUCAGGCCUUCGGGUAGCUAUGAAAAUAACCUUUUGAUCUACAGUAAAAUAUAUCUAUAACAGCUAUAUUCUGACAUACUCAUUUUUUAGAUAAUAACUGUAAUAUUUUUACUCCAGGAAAAAUCAAGCAUUCCCCUUCCUCUUCCUCUGAGAUAUCUGAAAAUAAAGAUAGGACUAGGGUACAAAGCAAGGAUGCAAGUAUCUUCUGUUUUGGCUUACAAGGCACUGAAUGAAAGAACAUCACUAUUUCUGGCCCAUUUUAAAUUGAUCUGAGUUAAAAAUUUCAAAAGUGCCUAAGUCCCAUUUUCAAAAGGGACUUAGGCAUGUAGAAGUUUGGAAAUAGAACUUAGGCUCCUAAAUCACUUAAAAAUUUUGAAAUUUUACCCCUUGUCAUAUAUGUUUCUAGGUCUAAAGGUUUACCCCUUCUGGUGGUUUUUCCAUAUUAGGGGCAUUUGUUUCUUUCCAGUGGUUUGUUCCUUUUUAACACUGAUCACUGUUGUCAUCAAUGGAAGAAACAACUGAAUGCAUAUGCAGGAAAUUGCCAUUUCAUAUGCUAGGGUUGUAUUAUAAAUUUUCCACAAAGAAAAGUACACUAGUAUGAAAUAUCAAAAACAGUAUGUUACUGCAGUCUGAGGAUUCUUCACAGUUACACUUCUAAACUGUGUGAAUAUGAUUAUCAGACUUUAAAUUUAUUAAGUUAGUAAAAUUUACAUGCAUAAUUUUCUUUCAAAAUUACUUUAAAACUCUGGAUGUGUCAGUAACAUAGGAUGUACCAUAUAUAAGACCCAAUCCAGCUAUGGGAUUUCAAUAUGACUAAUCACCUGAGUAAGGUCUAUUCCAGCUAUUGGACAACAACCAAUACCUGAUGCUUCAGAGUAAGGUGAAAAAACAAACCUAUAGUACAUCUAGCCACUUGUACAAAAUACUACAUGAAGGGAAAUCCUUCCUGACCCCUUGCAGGCUAUCAAUGUAUGCCCUGAAUCAUGAUGGGAUUAAUUAAUUACCCAUAGGUUUUAUAGGUUUUUUUAGUUUUUAUAACUUCAAAUAUUAGUUUGAAAUAUACAUCUGCAACAUUAAUCUGCAAUAGUAUAACCCUUUUUAUAGCUGCAAAUAUUGGUACCGUAUUUGGAAUGUUUAUAAAAUUAUAAAACUUUUAAAAAUUCAGUCAGAUUGUUUCUCUUUAGCUUCCUAGAGAAGUGAAUAUUACAAUUUGAUUGUGUGCUGUUUGGAGUACUUCCUUUUACUCAUUUGUUAAUUUCAUCCAGUGACCUCUUGUUCUUGUAUUAUGAGAUAAAGUAAAAGAAAGGGUCUGAUCAAUAUUCACUGACUGAUAAUAGUUUAAGUUAAACUUGAUAAUAGCUUAGCGUAAUCUUUUCACCAACGUAUCCAAAAAGGUAUCCAAAAAUCUGAUAUACCGUAUAUACUCAUUCAUAAGCUGAAUUUUUUUAGUAAAAAAGGGAAGCAUCAGAGAAGGGGGUCGGUUUAUGAACGGGUAUAGAGAGGGUGAGGUGGGACACAGCCCCUCCCCCCAACAGAGGGAGUAAGGAGAGGCAGCACAGCCAGCAGAGCCAGAAGGGAAGAGGCGGGGCCAGAGUCUCUCUGCUUCUGGCCACGCUGCUCUCCCCCCAGCCUCUGAAGCAGCUGCAGCUCCGGGGCUGGCAGGUUGUGGCUGCGCCUCCCUGCCCCGCCUGCUGGAGCAGGCUGUGGCCGCACCGCCCAGCCCGCUGGAGCACGCUGCGGCCGUGCCACCCGGCCCAGCCCACCAGAACAUGCUUCGGCCGCGCUGCCUGGUCUGACCUGCCAGAGCAGACUGCGGCCAUGCCGCCCAGCCUGCUGGAGCAGCUCCAGCCAGGCCAGCUAAGGUGGGAAGGGAUGGGAUGGGGAGAGUGUGGGGGUCCCGGGCUAGGGGUGGGAUCAUGUGGGGGGUGGUCACAGGGGUUACUACCCUGACCCCCGGCUUCUCCCCCCCAAAAAAUUUCCCCACCAGUUGCUGUCCCGGCCCAUCAGGGUAAGCAGCUGGUGGGCCGGGACACUUUGUUUACUUAGGUUUACCUCCGUGCCUGCAGACGCUCCAGGUAAACAAACCAUUUCUGCCCACCAGUGGCUUAUCCUGACGGCCCGGGAGCCAAAGUUGCCGAACCCUGAAUUAUAGGGUCGGCUUAUGAAUGGGUCAUAAAAUGUUUCCAUUUUUACUUAUCCAUCUUGGGGGGGUCGGCUUAUAAAUGAACCAGCUUAUGAUUGAGUAUAUAUGGUAGUUGCCAAAUGCCACAUGCAUAAGAAAACCUGGACAUAUUUAUGCAUUAGUGAAUUGUUUAUGAAUGCUAAACGUCAAGGCCUAGAUCCUGAAAGGUAUAUAGGCACUGAACACCCAGUGAAAUCAAUGGAAGUUCAGUAUCUAAAUACUUCUGAGGAUCUAGGCUUAAGCAAUUCUCGAGCUUACUGGAGCUUUUUUGGUAUUUUGUUUGUUUAGGGGUUAUUUAUAUUUCUCAUGAGUUGACUUCCAGCUCUCUGGAAAUCAUGUACUGUGCAAAUUAAUAUUUGUUACAUCUUAUGUGGAUUUGCCUGAAGUUUUCCUUGCUCAUUCAGAAACAUGGUAUUUAAUAAAAAAGGGAAUUUGGGAUUUUGGAAUCCACAAUGUUGUUUUUGAAUGUCGUUAAUGUGUGUGCUUUGCGCUAUACCUUUGACUGUGGGUAUUGCUUAAGUCAGUAUUUAAGUGGUUGAUUAAUAUGUGCAAGUGUUCCACUGAGGAGUAAAUCCAGCCCACACCUCAAUACCUGGAAGCAGAACCAGUCUAGGCCAAGGAGGGAAUGGGUUUGAGGAGCAGCACAUAAGGAAUCUGAUCCAAAGCUCAGUGAAGUCAAUGGGAACCAGCUCCUCAGCUGGUGUAAAUUAUCAUAUCUCCAUUGACUUCAGUGGAGCUACAACAGUUUACACAAGUUGAGGACCUGUCUCUAGGACAGAUUUUCCUUUGACUUUAUUUGGGCUUUGGAUCAAGCACAGAGUGCUCUCCUCCUGCACAGGGUGAAAGUCACUCCCAUGGCAAUACGGAAUGAGUAAGUACAGGCGUGGAAGCAGAAGUCUGAGGGAUGAGGAAUAUUGAGAUGGUGAGUCUGCUGCUACACUGAUCCUCAGUCCUCUCCCUCCCAGUAGGGCAGUGGUCCCCAAACUUUUUCUGUCACGCCCUCCAUUACCCAUAAUGGAACCAAUCUGUGCCCUCUCCCCCACCCUCGAAACUGUGGUCUGGAGCCGUGGCCAGGAGUGGGGCCCAGGAUCAGCAGAAGCUCCCUUAGAGUGCGGGGGGGGGCACCAGAGCACAAACCAUGGUCCCACCCUCACACUGCCCAUUCCCCCCAAGGCCCUGCCCUCACACCAAGCCCCCAGCCCCACACCACCUCUUCUCCCCAAGAACCUGCCCCCCGCUCACUCCUCUCCACCUCCACCCCACCAUCACUCGCCCUUACGGCAGGUAAAAAGUGAUUGGGCCAUGGCCGCCAUUCUGGCACCCCUGCUGGGGCUGGAGCCAUGGUCGGGACCAGAAGCGGGGCCUUGGUCAGGAGCCAGGGGCCACAGUCAGGGCCAAGAGCCGAGAGCCGAGUCCUGGGCUGGAGCUGCAGCCGGGAGCCGAGGCCAGGGCUGCAGCCAAGAGCAGAGCUCCCACGGGGACUAGGAGCAUGGCCGCCACCAGAGCCUGAGCUGCAGGUGAGACUGGGAAUGGGGUUGGAGUGGAGCUGGGGGAAGAGCAGGGCAGGGUGGCGCUUCCUCCCCAUUCCCCAUAGGGACUAGCCUGGGCCCUGCCAUGCCCCCUCCCCAACUACCGCAGUAGGGUGUACUUUGGGCACAGAGGGCUACUUCAGCCUCUCCACUCCUGCCACAAGUAUAUAACCUACUAUUCAGACUAGGUUCUGAAUAUCUAAAUUUAGGCCUGAUUUAGUUCAGCUCCCAGAAGCCAGUCAGAUAACUGUCAUGUAUAUAUUUCACUGAGAAAAAUCCCCAAAGCAUUUUAGAAAUUGACUUACAAGCUAUCUACUGAUAUAUUAGAGAUGUGCCUGUACCACAAAAUUUGGAUCGAAAUUUAGUUGCAAACUUUCCCAAAGUUCAGGAGGGUACAGAUCCCAACCUAGGGUAAAUUGGCAUAGGCCUAUUGAAGUCAAUGGGGCUACAUAGUUAUACACCAGCUUAGGAUCCGGCCCUUAGAAUUUUGGAUUAGCACAUUUGGACAGCUACUAAAUUUGGGUCCAGAAUUGAAUUUCACCACAGUUUGGGGGUGUUCAAAUCCAGGGUUUAAGUUUAGUCCAUCUCAAUAUAUACCCUACAAACACAUGUACAGAUACCUUCUCACAGAAAUUUAGACUUAAGGUUGCUUAAGUAAUUAAUAAAGAGCUAAACAAUGAAGUCACUAUCAAUAAGAGUUUUGUCUGCCUAUGCCUGAGUAACAGCAAAAGAAGGACUUCAGAUUUGAUCCAUAACUAUUAGACAAAAUGCAGAACUGCAGCAUUUUCACAAAGAAAGUUAAGCAUUAAAAAGACUGAAAAUAACCAGUAAAGGUAGUUUACAGUUCAUCCAGUCAGUUAACCACAUGUAAAAAUUCUUACUCAGUCCAAUAGCAAACUUUUCCUGUCCUGUGAGACUAGUACGAACUUUCUCAACAAAGGCAUUGUAAAGUUGAUAUUUUACUUUCCAAAGCUUCAUUAUUACAUAUCUGGCAAAAUCCUCAAAAAGGGGGGAAAGGGAGCCGGGAGGAGAAAGAGAGAGAAACAGCUACUAUUUAUACAGGAACAAAGUUGUCCAGUGCAAAGUUAUGAAAUUUUAGAGGCCUUAUCUUCCCAAUACUCAGCCCCUUGUGCAGAGUAAAGCUCCUG